ACAUUUUGUUCAAGAACAAAGGCAAAAAAUUACAUGCGCAAAUUUUGGACCCGAAUGAAUAAUUUCUGUGAAAGACGUAUUCCGAUUAGAAAUUAUUAAUUGUAUUUUCUGUCAACCCAACUGAAAAUCACUUCGACCGAGCCUCAAUUUGGGUUAUAAAUUCAGCUCUUGUUCGAAUUGAAUCCAUCAAGGCUGAAAAAAGAUGUUAAUGUUGCAGUCUCCUGUGAAUAUCGAUUUCAUCUACUUCAUUCUAUUAUCAAUCUCUCUUUUUGUUGUUCAGUUUUCUCCUCCUGUAUCAGCUAUCAGGAAGGAUGUGAGCAUGCAAACAAAAUAUAAUUGCAGGACCACUGUUCAAGGGAGGUUCUUGCUCACUGACGAUAACGGUCAUGUCUGUGAUCCUUUGUCAGUUGACCCACUCUCUCGUUGCUGCCCGAGAAAAGGAGAUCAAUUCUCUUGUCAAGGGUGCAAUCUUGUUUCACAGUGUUGCAACUCAUAUGAAUUUUGUGUUUCGUGCUGCUUGAAUCCAGCUAGGACACUAAAAGAACUGGCAUUAAAGGUUAAAAUGGCAAAGCCUUUGACUGCAGGAAUCUAUACAAGUGUUUUUGACUUCUGUACUGGGAGGUGUCGCCAUAAUUCUGAGAGUGUGGUUCAUGAAAAUGCUUAUAUCAGUGAUUUUCAUCAUUGUUUUUCCCUACCAUCUAAUUCUUCAGCAACAGGGUAUUCUAGUACACAAGUAGAAGCAAGACUGUCUGGCAUCAAUGUUGUUAUUGGAAGACAAGGCGAGUCAUGUGACUCAGUAUGCAAGUCAAACGGACAAUCUUGUGUGCCCAACAAACUCGCAUUACUUAACCAGUGUGAAAUCAUUCAAAGGUAUAUGAGUUGCAAAGGUGCCUGUUUGGAAAGCAUUGGAGCUGACCAACCAGCUGAGGUUGUUGACGAUGCCCCAAGACAUCUGAAUCCAGGUGCUUGCUUAUACUCAAAGAUGCAAUCUAUUCUUUCUUGCGAUGGCUCACAUCAGCAUACAAGGAGGCUCUGCCCAUGCGCCUAGAGCAUUUGUAAGAAGCACGUAAAUCUCAACCUUAGAAGACCUAUUGAUAUGCAAUGGUGGAAGAAGCAACCUCAAUGAUGAAUGCAAGAGGAUAUUGGUGGUUUGGUUGUAUCAAGAUGAUUUAUCUGGUGUUCUUGAUUGAAGAAAGGUUUGGUAUGAUUUCUACCCAAGUUUUUACUUGGAAAAAAUGCUGUAUGAGAACUGCAUUUCCACUAUUAAUUUAAGGCAAAUGGGAGGGAGAAUAUGAGCCAUCUUUUCUUGAAUGUUAGAUUUGACCGAUCUUCAAGUAGACUAUUUAUUUA